AUGAGGACAUUGGAAUCCCUGGCGACGGAGUCGCUAGAGAUGUCUGCUGGGGUCGAGCCUGCCGGUGGACAGACUCCGCAUGGUACUGGGGGCGUGUUGGGCUCUCAGACUCCGAUGGUUUCAAAGGUACCUACCCCGACCAUACUCGUCGUACCCACUCCUACAGUAUUCACAAUGCCACCUGCGGCAUAUCCAACACCUCCUCCAAUCGUGGCUAUGGGAUAUCCGGCACCUCCUCUAGCCGUGCCUGCGGCAUAUCCAACACUUCCUCCAGCAGUACCUGCUGCUGCGUACCUGGCACACGCACCAGCAGUGCCAGUUACACCUACAGUACCUCCAGCCGCGCCCGCCUAUAUUGACCCUGCAGUGCCACCAGUGGCACCUGCCCUAGCUUAUGCAGCAACACCGGGGAUACCUCCCCCGACCUAUCCAGUGAUACCACUUGUAGUACCAGCUGCAGUGGUUCCGCGAGUUCCCGCAGGACUAGAUAGACAUAUGCAAGUAAAGAUUGCCGAUUUUGGGAAUUCGUCUUACAUAGAGGCCUUGGACAGAGCACUUAUGAUUGAGUCAGCACACCAGAGAGCGUAUCCGGACAAGAAGAGGAAGCAGACAGAUCGAACAUCAGGACAGAUUCAGCAUCCACAGGGCUAUCGGACAGCAAUAGAGUGGUCGCAAUCAACCAAGGCAGGGUACUUCUAG